AUGGACUCCGAGGGGAGCAGGGGUGCAGCAGGUCGAAGAGGCCCUCCAGGUGUAAAGGGUGAGCAAGGAGAUCUGGGGGAAGCAGGCUUCCCAGGAGACUCUGGUCUUCCAGGCCCACAGGCAGAUCUGGGGCCCCCUGGUCCACCUGGUUCUGUUGGGAAGUUAGGUGCAAGAGGAGCAAAGGGCAUGGAUGGCAGAGAUGCCUAUGGUCCUGAAGGAAACAAAGGAGCAAAGGGAGAAUCUGGAUUCAUAGGAUAUCCUGGUCCAGAGGGAGAAGAUGGAGACCCAGGCAUUCCAGGAGCUGAAGGACCCAAAGGAGUUAGGGGUAGAAGAGGUAAUGCUGGCACACCAGGUUCCCUGGGAGAUCCAGGGGACCAAGGGCCACCGGGACCUAUGGGUGCCAAAGGACCAAUAGGCACCAUUUUAAUGGAACCUUGUGAACUUGUGAAUUUUACACGGAAGAACUGCCCUUGCUCAUCAGGUAAGUCCAUGUGUCCAGUUUAUCCAACUGAAGUGGUUUUUGCCCUUGAUAUGUCUGAAGAUGUUACUCCAGCUGCGUUUGAGAGAAUGAGGAAUGUUGUUAUGUUACUGCUGAAGACCAUUAAGAUCAGUGAAAGCAAUUGCCCAACAGGCGCUCGUGUCUCAGUUGUUUCUUUCAAUACCAAUAUGCGCUAUCUCAUCCGGUUCUCAGAAUUCCAAAAAAGCAACUUGCUGCUACAGGCAGUCCAGAGAAUACCACUAGAGAGAUCCACUGGAAAACGUAAUAUUGGGGCUGCCAUGAGAUUUGUUGCAAGAAAUGUCUUCAAACGUGUUCGUCAGGGCAUCCUCGUGAGAAAAGUUGCCCUGUUUUUUGCCAACGGUCCAUCACAGGAUGAUGUUGCCAUCAGCACAGCUGUACUUGAGUUGAGUGCCUUGGAUAUUAUUCCAGUGGUUAUUGCCUUCAGUGAAGUGCCAAAUGUCAGACGUGCCUUCUCAAUUGAUAAUGCUGGAAGAUUUCAAUUAUUUGUCUGGGAAAGGCAACAAGACGAAAGUUUGGAGAAUAUCACAUAUUGUACACUUUGCUUUGAUAAAUGCAAACCUAGUGCCAACUGUGUGGUGCCCUUUUCUCGCCCUGUUGUGAUGGAUAUGGAUAUCACUUACAUCAUGGACAGCUCUCACAGUAUGAGCAGUGAAGAGUUUCAGAGAGCUAAAGACUUUGUGAGCAGCAUGCUAGAUCAGUUUGUCGUUUCCUCACAGCCAAAUGAAUCAUAUGGAGGCAUCAGAGUGGCACUGGUGCAGCAGGCUCCCAGGGGCUUCCUACCUGACAGAAACCAGACCCCUGUGGCCUUGGAAUUUGAUCUAGUCACAUACAGCAAUAAAGAUUUGAUGAAGAAACAUAUCCAAGAGUCUGUUCACCAACUGGAAGGGCCAUCAGCCAUUGCUUCUGCCUUACAGUGGACAGUUGAAAAUGUAUUUUUUAAAGCCCCCAGACAAAGAAAACACAGAGUCAUAUUUACAGUAAUUGGAAGCAAAACAAGUAUGUGGGACAGAGAGAAGCUGAAAGAGAUUUCACUUGGAGCCAAAUGCCAAGGAUUCACCUUGUUCACUCUUGCACUUGGCAGUGAUGUGAGUGACAAUGAGCUGAUGGAGCUGUCAAGCUCCCCCACAGACCAGCACUUACUGACAUUGGGCAGGGUUUCAACAACUGAGAUGGUAUAUGCUCAGAGGUUUAGUCAGGCAUUUCUACACCUUCUACAACAGGAAAUGAACAGUUAUCCUUCACCUGAACUUCAAGAAGAAUGUGAAAACUUAGAUCAGGGAGACACACAACAGCAAAUGUCUAUGAUUGAAAGGAUGCCCUUUCCUGAAGCUGAUGAAACUGGUUAUGGUUAUGGUUUAGAAGAUAUUGAAUUCAGUGAAAGUAGAGUCCUGGACAAUAUUAAAGAGACUGUGACAGAACCUGUAUACGCAAUGCCAGAAAUGAGAUAUAAUUAUGAAGAGAAAGAAUAUUUCACAGAGGAAGAUGCUGAAGGACAAAAGCCACAAGAGUAUGGAGAAGCUCAGGAGGAGAAUGAGGAAAACUUAGAGGCAACAGGAGGAACCAGAGCUGCCUACAAUGAUUAUGAUGCAUGUGACCUUGUUCAAGAUAGUGGAGAAUGUCAGAAUUACAUUCUGAAGUGGUACUACGACAAAGAGAAGAAAAUGUGUGGUCAGUUCUGGUACGGGGGCUGUGGAGGCAAUAAAAAUAGAUUUGAAACACAAGAAGAAUGUGGAUCCUUCUGUAUAGAGUCUUCCUAG